AUGCCUGCAACAGCGGCGACGAUGACAACAGAUAACGAUAGUGAUGACGAAGUUAUGGGAGCGACAUACUCUCCACCCCCACCUCCUCCAAAAGUUUCACCACCGAUCCACCAAAUCACAGGCUUAAACUCUCCUCCUUCGGACAAAGAUUUAAUCAUAUCAAUGAUUACUGAUUUUGACCUUGAGGCACCAUCAAAGUCACCACCGCCACCUCCAAAAGUUUCACCUCCACCGAAGCAAGUGAAGGAUGAUCUUGAGGCGCCGUCAAGUCAACCACCUCCAUCACCCCAACCAGACACCCCACCGAAACCACCAGGGACAGACGAUGUUGAGGCGCCAUCAAAAUCACCACCUCCAGCUCCAAAAGUAGCACCACCGAUCCACCCAUUCUCAUGCUUAACCUCUCCUCCUUCGGACGACGACUUGAUCAUAUCAAUGGUUACUGAUUUUGACUUUGAGGCACCAUCAAAAUCACCACCUCCACCUCCACCUCCAAAAUUUUCACCUCCAUCAAAGCACGUGAAGGAUGAUCUUGAGGCGCCAUCAAGAACACCACCUCCAGCUCCCACAGUAGCACCCCCACAGAAACCACCCAGGACCGAAGAUUUUGAGGCGCCAUCAAGAUCACCACCUCCAGCUCCAAAGGUAGCACCGCCAUGGAAACCAGGGAUCAACGAUUUUGAGGCGCCAUCAAAAUCACCACCUCCACCCCCAAAAGUAUCACCCCCAACCCACAAUAUUAACAAUUCCGAGAGGACAUACAAAUCACCGCCGCCAUCUCAGAAUUCAUCACCUUCGACCCACCAGUUAACCAAAGAAUUUGGCGGACUUAUUAUGAUUAUAUCUGAAAGAUCCCCGCCCUCUGCGGAGUCUUAUUAUUCAGCUUAUUAA